AUGAGAAUGGUCACCCCUCCUAACUUCAAGCAGUGCGUGGUAGUGGGAAACGGCGCCGUCGGGAAAACCUAUAUGCUUUCAUCCUACUUUGAAAACGUCCAAGUCACCAAGACCAGCGAAUGGAUUCCCACUGAAGAUUCAAAGAGAUACGCAUCAACAAUCGAAGGCGAGGAUGUGGAAUUCUGGGAUACACCAGUCUUCGGCGAGAUUUUCGACCAGAGACGUCUUCAGACAUACCCUGGAGCCGACGUCGUCAUCAUCUGUUUCUCUAUCGUGUCCCCGACUUUCUUGGAGACAGUCAUCACCAAGUGGCAGCCAGAGGUGCAAAAGUAUGCGCCCAACGCCUCGAUCUUGCUCGUUGGUACGAAAUUAGAUUUGAGAGAUGAUGAGGAGGUUCGGAAGGAUCUUCGCGACCUUGGCCUGGAGCCUGUGUCGUACGAAGAUGGUUCGCGGGCGGCUGAAAAAAUCCUCGCAAGGUAUAUUGAGUGUUCGGCACUUACUAGACAGAACCUAGACAGUGUGUUCAGGGAAGCUGUAAAGUUGAGCAAGUAG